AUGGCUACACGAACGCCAAAACACAUUGCGGCCAACAUCCUCCGUCAGUUUGGGCGACGCGAUGCUACCGAGCUCGCAAUAUGCCGAUCCUACAGGCCCCGACCGCGUCACAUACACAUCAGCGCCCGCCGACCUUCAAACGAUGCGCCGCGGGUACCGCACCCCAAGCUACCAACAGGGCGCGCGCCACCCUACCAAGCCCGGGCUGCACCACUGAGCUUCCUAGUUGGCGGCGGCGUCGCCGCCUCCCUUCUAGCUUACUCACAGCUCGCGGAGGACAAUCCGGGGGUAGUGGAUAGGGCCCCUGCCUCGACCGACGAUCGCGAUCCCUCUCUUCCCCGUUUCCGCCUCGCCGAUAUCCGAAAACACGAUGCCUCUUCCUCGCAGCCGUGGGUUACAUUCGAGGACAAGGUCUACGAUAUUACAGACUGGAUCGCUGCGCAUCCCGGUGGCGAUGUGAUCCUCCGUGCUGCUGGCGCAAGCAUUGAGCCGUACUGGAACAUCUUCACCAUUCACAAGGCGCCACAUGUGCGUGAGAUUCUGCAACAAUACCAGAUCGGCUUCAUCGAUAUGGCCGACCUUGGUCCCGAUGGGCUGCCAGCGGCUGAAACUGUCGAAGACCCCUUCGUGAACGAUCCGAUACGCGACCCCCGUCUUAUCACCCACACAGCUAAGCCGCGCAACGCGGAGCCGCCAAACGAGGAGCUCGACCGCACGUUCAAGACACCGAAAAAAUUGUUCUACGUCCGGCACCACAUGUGGGUGCCGGUAGUGGAGGCCCCCUACGCAGGCGAUCGUCUUCUAAAGUGGCAACGCCGUGACUACAAAUCCUUCGGCCCCAACGAAGGCGCAAACCCCGACUGGGACCGCGCCGUCUCGAUCCAAGAAAUGCCCGUCACCAGUGCCAUCACUGGCGUGUGGGUCGGCGACUGCGUGCGUCGAGGCCGUGUCCCCUGGAUGGGCGCCAGCAACGACUCCACCGCCACCCCCAACGGCAGCCGCAUCCUCGACAUGGCCGCCGUCUCCAAAAAAGUAGGCUUCACCCCCAAGCCCACCACCACCGACACCACCGACACCAAGCUCCCCACAACCCCCUGCCCCCCCACCACCCCAGCCGACGAGCCCGUCGCUGUGCAAGGCUACGCCUACUCCGGCGGCGGGCGCGCCAUCACGCGCGUCGACGUGUCCCUCGACGGCGGCAAGACCUGGGACCAAGCAGAGCUCGUCAACGACCGCGCCGAGUCCCCCCCUGGCAACAAGGCCUGGGCCUGGACACGCUGGCGCUAUGUCUGCGCCCUGCCCAUCCUCACCCUCCCCACCGACACCACCACCGACACCACCACGGCAGCAGAACGCAGCGGCUGCCACGACCGCAAGGCGCCCAAGCAGUGCACCACGCUGGUGGUCAAGGCCACCGAUGACGCGUACAACACCCAGCCGGAGAGCCAUCGCGGGAUUUAUAACGUGCGUGGGAACCUGGCGACGGCGUGGCAUCGUGUCAAGAUCUGCCCGCGGUGUACGGGUGGUGCGGCGGGGGAUGGGAAGGGGGGGUUGACGUGGUCGACGGGGGAGACGUUUGGGUGCGGGUUUCGGAAGGAGGCGGAGGAGGUUAAGGAGGGGAUGAGGAGGCAGGGGGUGGUUGCUAAUGGGGGGAAUGGGGAUGGGGGGAGGAAUUAG